AUUUCAUUUGUUUUCUCUUUAUCUUUCUUAAUUUCUAGAGGAAAAGAAUUUGUGGAUCCCACUUAAUUUUCCCAUUAUUAAUUUUUUAUCCUGUUUAGAAUGUUGGAUAAUUUUGAAACAAAUAACUAACAAGUGAAGGAAUUGCCACUCUUUAACAAAAAAAAAAACCAUUUUGGUAUUUGUCAAAAUUAAAACUUGCAAACAUUGCAAAAAAAUAUUAAAACUUGCAAAAAAAAAUAUUAAAACUUGUUUUCUUAGCCGCAUAAUUUUGACAAAAAUGUACUUUUUAAUCAAAUAUUAAAAAUAUAUUACCAAAAAGCAUAGAUGGGAAAGGAAAGAAAAGGUAAUCUCACACAAUCCCAUCUGUUAUUAUGUAAUUUUGUGCCUUAAUUAACAUCUCUACUAAGUGAGAAAUUAUAUUUGGGGACCCAAUAUAAUUAAACCUUUUCUUCUUUGUCUCUUACAUUGGCGGCUCAUAUUGCGCCACGUGUCCACAUUAUAUUUAUAUAUUUUCUCAAAGAAGUUAAGGAAGUUACACUUUUUAACACAAAAAUUAUAUUUAAAAAAAAAAAGUGAACAAUAAUGAAUGAAGAUGAUGUAACGGUCAAGUGUGUAAACGAAAAGUAUUAUAGGUUGGGCAAUGAGGAAACAGGCACGUGUGGGCUGUUGCUAUCAGAUAUAUAAUUAUGCCAAUUUUAUUUUAUUUAUUUGCAAUUACACCCCUCUUCCCAGUCCGUACUGUUCUUUCCUUCUUAAUCCAUGUAUAUAUUUCAUUCCAACGGUCAUAUUUUCCCGACACCCUCCAACGGUCAUGUGGGAUCAGGCUUUAGUCUCCACCGUUUGAUCAGAAUCUCGUGGCCACAACACUACUACACAUCCCUUCUUUUCUUCUUCAACAUCCUUUUCACUCGGCCAUCAUUUUUCAAUGUCUUUGUAAAUCAAAUCAGUCUCACUGAACCAAGAAAGGGGAAGAAAGAGAAAGAGAAAGUGAGAGAAAGUGAUGAUGAAGACGGCCAUGUAAGGGUUUUUCAGAGCUGGGAUUUUUUAUUCUGGUUGAAUUUUUCAGCCAUGGUGGAGUUGAUGGAUAUUUCAAAUGCUGAUCUGGGUCUUUCAUUGCUGAGCCUCCUUCGUUUUGAGCAUGUAUGUUUCUACAUUUAUGUUCAUUGUGUUAGCUCCCUUGUGAAGAAAACUAACAUUAUUUUCCUCCUCCAAUGAGUUUGUUUUGAAGGUUUUGGAAUCCGAUGAUCUUAUUUUUAUAGGUUUUAACUCAAAUUCUUUCAUUCUUUUUUGGGGUUGGGGAAUACUUAUUUUGCACAUUCUGAUAUUCAUAUUCUUUAUUGCAUACAGUCACAUAUAUAUAAACAUAUAUACAUAUAGGAACACUCAAAAGACUUGUCUAAACUCUAAACCAAAUUUGUUUGAUUUGUUUUUUGGCAUUACUACUCAUCGGAUUCCUUUUUUUUUUUCGUUUUUUUAUUCUCUUCUUUCUCUUGACCAAAAUUAAAAACCUAAACUUUAAAAUCACACACUCGAUCACUUAUAGUCUUUCCUCCCUCUUGGUUUCUCUUAUGCACGUUUUCAUUCAAAGGGGUUAUGUGAAAUCAUAGACAUUUUUUUUACAGAAAAAACCAAACUUUUGCUUAGUCCUUACGUUUGUAGAAGCAAAACAGAGAACACUAGGAAGAGAGUUAAAAGAAAGCUAAAAAAACACAGAGAGAGAGAGAGAGAGAGAGAGAGAGAGAGAGAGAGAGAGAGAGAGAGAGAGAGAGAGAGAGAGAGAGAGAGAGAGAGAGAGAGAGAGAGAGAGAGAGAGAGAGAGAGAGAGAGAGAGAUACAGAGAGAAAGGGAGAAAAGAUAAUAGAGAAAAGAAGAGAAAGCAGGGUGGGAAAAGUUAUAGUUGAAUUGUGGACAAAAGAAGUAAAUUGGGAAGGUUAGAAUGUUGGCUGGGUGCUCUAGUUCCACAUUGUUAUCGCCAAGGCAUAGAUUGAGGAGUGAAGCACCAGCACAGUUCCAAGCCUGCCAUUUCCCAAUGAGCACACAGAGAUUGGAUUUACCAUGCAGUUUUUCCCGGAAAGACAGUUCCAGGGCGCAGCCUAUUAGGCCAGUUACAAGCCUUUCCGUAGAGAAACCAAUUGAAUCGAAGACUAGCAGUUGUUCUUUGAAGCAGAGUAUCAGGUUGCCGCCAUUGGCGACAACUGCUCCAGCAUCGAGUGCAGCAGGGCAGACAACAUUCGGUGAAGGAAGGAAAGAUAUCAAGGAGGAGUUUUGGCCGAGAGGUAAGAGUUUGAAGCGGUUUGCGGAGCAGGGAUCAGUGGACGAGUCUUUCAUUAACAGAGCCAAGAGGAAAAGGGGUAUCAGUGAUGACAGAGGAGAAACCAAUGAGGUUGUUCUUGAAGAUGAGGAGGAGAGAUUAAGUUUAGGCCAAUUGGGUGCUGGGAAUUUCUGGUUGCAGCCUGGUUUCAACCCCCAUCUUCCUUUCUCAUUGACAUGUUCGGGAGAUGAAGAAGAGGAGAGGAGGGUAUGUUAUGUACCUGGUGGUGAAGUGAUUUCCCCACCAUUGCCAUUGUCAAACAAUCCUUGGAUUGAUUCAGUUGUGACUGAGAUCACUGACCUUGGCGAGAAGGGUGGUGAGACAAGCCGUCAUGUGCUGCCGAGGAAGGAAGGCUCGGCAGCUGCUUCGAGUGCUUCAUCUGGGAGUCAGAGCCAGAGCUUGGUCCCCAGGAUUAAUGAAGGUGUUCCUGAUUAUGAUGUUGGUAACGGGUCUAGGAAUCCUCAUUCACAUGGUGGUUCUGAAGUAGUAGAGGUUGGGGAAGAGGACCUUAUCAAUCAAGAAGUGAGUGAGGGGUUUGAAUUGCUCAGUUUGCUCACAUCUUGUGUGGAGGCAAUUGGGUCGAAGAGCAUUCAUGCUAUUAACCAUUUCAUUGCCAAGUUAGGGGACCUUGCUUCUCCUAAAGGGACUCCUAUAAGCCGGGUUACAGCUUAUUACACAGAAGCUUUAGCUCUUAGAGUGACUAGACUUUGGCCACAGAUGUUUCACAUUACACCUCCAAGGGAGUUCGAGAGAGUUGAUGAGGAUUCUGGCUCUGCAUUAAGGUUUCUGAAUCAAGUCACCCCAAUUCCCAAGUUUCUUCACUUCACAUCGAAUGAGGUGCUAAUGAGAGCUUUUGAAGACAAAGACAGGGUUCACAUUAUCGAUUUCGACAUCAGGCAAGGAUUACAAUGGCCUAGUCUGUUCCAAAGCUUAGCUUCUAGGACUAAUCCUCCAAGCCAUGUUAGAAUCACCGGUAUAGGUGAGUCUAAGCAAGAGCUAAACGAAACAGGCGAUAGGCUAGCUGGCUUUGCUGAGGCUUUAAACCUUCCCUUUGAGUUUCACCCGGUUGUGGACAGACUAGAAGAUGUGAGGCUUUGGAUGCUUCAUGUGAAGGAGCAUGAGAGUGUGGCAGUGAAUUGCAUUUUUCAACUUCACAAGACCCUUUAUGACAGCAGUGGAGGCGUUCUCAGAGAUUUCUUGGGACUAAUUCGAAGCACGAACCCGACAGUAGUUGUUAUGGCAGAACAGGAAGCUGAACACAAUGACCCCAGGUUGGAAGCAAGGGUAUGCAACUCACUGAAGUUCUACUCAGCCAUUUUCGACUCUAUUGAUGCUAGCUUACUUCCAAUGGAUAGCCCUGCAAGGAUCAAAGUUGAGGAGAUGUUUGCAAGGGAAAUAAGGAACAUUGUUGCUGGUGAAGGCAUGGACAGACUUGAGAGACAUGAGAACUUCGAGACAUGGAGGAAGCUGAUGGAGCAAGGAGGGUUUCGCAGCACGAGGAUUGGCGAGAGGGAGUUGAUGCAGAACCGGAUGCUACUGAGAAUGUAUUCUUGUGAUGAAGACUACAGUGUCAAGGAACAAGGCCGAGAUAAUGAAGCUGGUGUUGGAGGAGUUACACUCGGUUGGCAAGAUCAGCCAUUGUUUACAGUCUCAGCUUGGGCACCAGCUGAUGUUGCAGGCAGCUCAUCAUCUUUUUCUCAACUAGGUUGACUGGUUUGGCUGCUGUGCAGGGUGGUUUAUACUCUUCUUUUCUUCUCACUUAAACAUACACCAACCAUCACUUUUCAAUUUACCUGCUUGUUGCAUACAGAAACAAACAACAACAACAACAACAACAACAACAACAACAACAAAAAAAGAAAAAAAAAACAACAUACAGAAUUCUUUGUAGUUAGAAAAUCAUUCAGUCAUUCUUUCAUUCGUUUCUGCAGAUAAAAGAAAAAAAAAACAGGAUCAUUAAGAAGUCCGAUAGAGUUGAGUAGACAGAGUCAGAAGAACCAUUUAUUUUGUAUGAAAAAUACAGCAAGUUAGUAGUUUCAUUUCAUCAUAUGUUAUUUUCUAGAUUCAGGUCACUUAGUAUUAUUUGGAGUCAGUUGUGUUUGUCAUUAUUAUUCUUUUAUUCUUUUAUGUGUAUGCUGAAAUUCUUUUGUUAUAGUAAGCAAGGUCUUCAAGUCUUGUAGUCAAAUUUAUUUGUUGAAAGUUACCAGUACAAUGAAAGAAUUAUGAAAGUUGAAAUUAAUGUCA